AUGUCCAACAGACAAGUUGUUGUGCUACACUGUGGAGGCACAACCAUAGUAGGUUCUGUGAUUGAAAUUGCUGGAGGAUUAGUAAGCAUGAAAGAGUCGAUCACAUCUUCCUCUGUUGCAGGGGAUUCCCUAACAGAUUUACUUGUGCAGCACUUUGCAAAGGAAUUUUAUGCGAAAUAUAAGGGUGACCCUCUGGAGAGCAAGCGAUCUAAAAGGAAAUUAUAUAAUGCUGCUGAGAAUUGCAAGCAUGUUCUUUCCACAAUGGGAACAGCUCAGGUCUAUGUUGAAUCUCUAUGGGAGGGUGUUGACUUCUCCACAACUCUCUCUCGGGCACGAUUUGACGGCAUAGUCUCCUCAGCUCUCUCGAGCUUUCUGCAGCCAGUCAGGGAGGCAGUGCAGAGGUGUGGCUUAACAGUGGACAAAGUCCAGAAGGUCUGUAGGCUAUAAUUUCUAAAUAUUCCA